ACACCUCCACCAAAUGAGAGAAAGAGAAAGAGAGAGAGAGGAAGAGAGAGAAAGGGAGAGAGGAAGAGACAGAGAGAGGCAGAGGGAGAGAGAGGGAGAGAGAGAGACUCGGGGCUCCAUGAAGGAACUGACAGUCUCUGGAACAGUUUACCCAGACUAUGGACAUACUCCGGGGUGCUAUCGGUGAAGCGGCGGGGGUCAGGCUGGGAGCCUCUAUCUCUCCUCUCCUCUGUGCUUCAUGUCCUCUUGUUCUCGAUUGAGGGCAGCGGAGGAACUUCACCCGCAGCUCCGGAGCAGCGCGGCCGGCCGGGAGUCUCAGGCUGUCGGGGAGCAUUUGAGGAAGGCGGGGGGAAGAUGCGGAGCAGAUCGCUGGUGACCUGAACUUCCUUCCUCUCUGACUGCUUCGCUCAGGACAUGGCCAACUCAGCAUAAUGCCCUAGUUAUUCGCCAUCAGAAAACCAAGUAAGACCAGUCCCAAGCAGCGGCGGGAGCUGGGAGCGGACGCAGCGGGCAUAAUGCAGACUUUGUGCCCGGUCUUGGUGGAGAAACCAGCGGACAGGCUGGAUUUACAGCAGCAAGACUUUCUGCUUUCCUGAAGGUUUCUGGAUCCAAAGUCAGAGAUAAGCUUUAUUAUUGUGGAACCAGCAGUGUGAGACGUGAAAGGAACAGAAGUGAGGAAGAAGGCGUCUAAAGAUAACCCUCCAGUGGGUUGUACAUGGCUCUGUAAGCAUCGAGCGCUGUGAAGAGACCUCGUGCUGGUGAAAGAGAAGAGAGGGUGAAAAUGUGAUGAACUUUACUAAUGUCUCCAAGCUCAUUGGACAGUGGCCGGUGAAGGAAUCAUAUUGCUAAAUGAGACCAUUGCUCUUGUGUUGGGUAUGUUUAGGACAACUUAUUGCCAAGGGAUUACUCAAGGCAUUCUUCUGUACCAGGCUGGACAUGUUGUUGUUAUUAAGCAAACAGCCAAAAUCCAAUGACUGUUCUGUUGGAUUUUUCAAAUCUUAAUUUCUUGUAUUUUAUUCUCUGAUUGGGUGUCUGGUUUUUUUCUGAUGAAAUGGAGAUACAGUGGCGUUUAUGGAAUAAAGACUGGGCCUCCUUUUUAAGACCGUGGAUACCUAUACUGUUAGGCCUUCACCUCCAGUUCUCCCGGGCCACAAAUUGUCCAGAGGAGUGCCGAUGUGAUCGCACCUUUGUUUACUGUAACGAGCGGAGCCUGACCUCAGUGCCUCUGGGAAUCGGUGAGGGUUAUAAGACCCUUUACCUCCACAACAACCAAAUUAAUAACGCUGGUUUUCCCUUGGAGCUCCAUCACGUGGCUUCUGUGGAAACUGUGUAUCUCUAUGGCAACCAGCUGGAUGAGUUCCCCAUCAACCUGCCCAAAAAUGUAAGGGUUCUGCAUCUGCAGGAAAACAACAUUCAGACCAUCUCCAGAGCGGCUCUGGCUCAGCUUCUUUGGCUGGAGGAGUUGCAUUUGGAUGAUAACUCCAUUUCUACUGUAGGGGUGGAGGAAGGGGCCUUCCGUGAGGCAUUAAGCCUGAAGAUGCUCUUUCUCACUAAAAACCACCUGAGCAGUGUUCCUAUUGGUCUUCCAGAUGAUCUAAAAGAGUUGCGUUUGGACGAGAACCGGAUUGCAGUUAUUGCAGAGGAAGCAUUUAGGAAUGUCACCCGCCUGCAGCGCCUCCUGUUGGACGGGAACCUAUUGACGGAUGAAGGGAUUGCACCAGGGACCUUUCAGGACCUAGUAACGCUCAGGGAGCUGUCACUGGCCCGCAACUCACUCACAUACCCCCCACCGUUCCUCCCAGGGGAGGUGCUCGUCAAAUUAAACUUUCAGGAAAAUCAGAUAAACGGGAUCCCUGCCAGAGCAUUUGCAGGGCUGCACAAGCUGGAGAGGCUGGAUAUUUCUAACAACCAGCUGCAGUCAUUGACAGAGGGGGUCUUUGAUGGCCUCAUCAGUCUAAGACAGCUCACUGUUCGGAACAACCUUUGGCUGUGCGACUGCAGCAUCAAAUGGGUGGUGUCAUGGCUUAAAUCUCUACCGGCCUCGCUUAAUGUGCGCGGCUUUAUGUGCCAUAAACCUGAAAAGUUCCGGGGCAUGGUGAUCAGGGAGCUGAGUGCUGAGCUGGUCCAGUGCCCACAGAGCACAGCGACAGUAGCACUGUCCACUUCUCCAGCUGCUACUGCUCUGAUCCCAUCCCUGUCACCUUCCUCAGACUCCCCCCUGGUCACUCAGUAUGUUUCCUCCUUCUCCAGGCAACCCUUCGCCACAUCCCCCACCCUCUACCCAGUCUAUUCAACCAGAGGGGGGGGAUUGAGGACUAAGCAACCUCUGAACCCCAGGAGGGAGACUUUGCAGGUCACAUUUGCCAUACUGAAUGGCUCAGCUAUCCAUGUCAGCUGGGUGGCCGCUUUUCCAGUCACUGCCUACAAGGUGACCUGGGCUAGGAUGGGCCCCAGUCUGACAGGGGACACCGUCAGGGAGAGGAUAGUGGGUGGGGAUCACCGGGGGAUCCGACUGGCUAAUCUGGAGCCAAAGUCCACCUAUCGGAUCUGUGUCAUUCCCUUGGAUGCAUUCAAUAAUUACCGGCCCAAAGAUGAUACUGUGUGCACUGAGGCAAUGACCAUGGCGGCCUCUUUCAGCCCUGACAACAACAAAAGACCGUCGGGGCCUGAGCAGGCCACACAACAGGAACCCAGCUCACCUUUCUUACUUGCUGGGCUGAUUGGCGGGGCUGUCAUUAUGGUGCUGGUAGCACUCCUCAGCAUCUUCUGCUGGCACAUGCACAAGAAGACCCGCUCAAAGUCAUCCACCAAGUGGAAAUACAACAAGGGUCGGAGAAAAGAUGACUAUUGUGAGGCAGGCACCAAGAAAGAUAAUUCCAUCCUGGAAAUGACUGAGACUAGCUUUCAGAUAGUCUCACUUAACAAUGAACAACUCCUCAAGGGAGACUUCCGCAUUCAGCCUAUUUACACCCCUAAUGGGGGCAUCGGCUUCCGAGACUGCCUGGAGGACAACAGCACAGUUUACUGCAAGAACAAUGUUCAGGAUGCAGACUUUUGUGGCACAUGAUGGUUUCGGUGAGCAUAAGAAGCAUUUUUACCGAACACUACCCACACUUUACUGGACACUGCACAGUGUUAAUAUUAUUUGAAACCCAAGAAACUUCAAGAAAUGUUAUUUAUACAACGAACUGAACAGUAUUUUUUAUAUAACAAUAUUGGAUUUAUAAGUUAUUGGUUUCUGGAGUUGUGCUGUUUGAGUUCUUUGCACAGAGACAUGUACAAUCAGGAUACAUUUAUAAGUAUAGAGGCUAGGUUUCAUUUGGAUUUUCAGUAAUAGUGAAUGCUUUUGAAGGCAUUGUAUAAUGUAACCACAACAGAUACAGAAUCCACACUGUAGCUGCAGUACAUCAUUGCAGUACGGAAAACAGCUGGUAGAAUGCUGUAUGAAGAGAAGGAAACAGGUACAAAUUAGCCACGUUUACCACAAGAGGGCAUAGUUCUUUGGAAAACAUACAGUCCACCACACUUUUCCCAUGAUUAUGUUUUUAAUCAUGUCAUCACAGUAAUAUGUCACAUUUAUUUAAUAGCCACUACAGUCAUAGAGAUGCACAUUAUUGGAUUUCUGCUCUAGGAAGAAGACAUUUCUUUAUGCAAAUGUGAUUUUUCUCUGCUUCAAAAAGAAAUGUAAAGGUCACACUCAUUAAACAUUCACAGAAGUGGCAGGCCGCAGUGCUUUCCCCUGCUUUUCAAGAUUAAUACAUUAUCACUGUUAAGGGGUCAUGUUAUAAUGCUAGCUGUGUUUGAUGGUGGGUGUCACAGAGUA